AUGACAACUAUGGAUCAAAGUUCGUCAUUAUCUACUGAGAUAGCUUCAGCAUCGAUAUGCAUAGAAUCGAAAAGUAUCCAAUCUGUAGAAACAGCCUCAGAAUUCUUCAGGAAAGAAUUCAUUCACAAUUUCAGUCCAUCAUACUUUGUUGGGUUCUUAGGUACUGGUAUUACUGCAAAUAUCUUAUACAAUUUCCCAUAUCCAGCCAAAUGGUUGAAAAUUUGUGGUAUAAUAAUGUUCUGUAUAACAAUGGUUAUUUUUAUAACAACGAAUAUAAUGUUCAUUUUGAAUGCAUGGGCUCAUCCCAAGAGACUUCGAAGAUAUCACACUGAUCUUAAUGAGUCUGUUUUCAUAGCAGUAUACUCCAUGGGGUUCACAACAAUUGUCAAUGCCAUUCAUUUAUUGGUUCACGAGAGGCAUAUAUAUCUCGUAUGGGUAUUAUGGUGGAUUGCAGUUGUUAUCGCGGUCUAUAAUGCAACUUUCAUAUUCUUUUUCACAUUUUUGUCAAAGUUCACAAGUCAUAAACUUGAACAGUUUACUGCCACCAUGUUGAUGCCAAUUGUUUGUCCAUGUGUUGUUUCAUCCUCAGGUCACUUAAUUGCUGCAAAUUUGACCAAUACUAACCAUAGAGUUAUCACCGAAAUAGCAUCACUCAUACUUUUCUUUGUUUCAUUGGUUCUUUUCCAUGGGAUUGGUGCAAUUCUAAUGGCACGGUUUGUAUUGUGUAAGAUUCCAAAAACGGGUCAGAUAUUUACUAUGUUUAUUCCUAUUGGAUUUGUUGGUCAAAGUAGUUAUAAUAUGAUGUUGUUCGCUAAUAACAUGUAUAGUUUUAUACCAGAUAAGCAACUAGGUCAGUCAUUUUGGGUUCCUUGUGCAUUAUUUGCUUUAUGUCUAUUAGCUGGAGGAUAUAUCUACACAUUUAUAGCCAUUGCAUCAACGUUAUCGAAAAUCAAACCUUUUGCAACCAAACGAGAUUCGGCUCUAACAUCGAAAACCUUUGGACUCAUAAAAUGGAAUAAAGGAUUCUGGACAAUUACUUUCCCUAUUGGAACAAUGUCCUUGGCUAAUUCUGAAGUUUCAAAGGCAACAGCGCUUGGAAUCAACUUGAAAUUCUUCAAGGUUGUAAGUUGUAUUUAUGCAAUUUGUUUGUUUGUGAUUUGCAUCAUUAAUAUGCUUGGAGUAGUACAUCAUAUUUGGAAUUUAGUUAAGUGUCGUGGUAAUGUGAAACCACCAGUUGAAGUAAUACACGACAAUGUUAUUAGUAAAGUAUAG